GCCGCCAGCUGUUCGUCCGAGGCACCGCCAAUCCGAGCCGAGGAAAGGCGAGCGAGCUUCCCGAGCGCGCCGGGCCGUGGCGCCACCGACGGCGUUCCACAAAAACCGCCAACCUAAACUGGCCAUGCAGGAAUGAAAACAGGCUGAGGUCGGCUGCUGGCGGCGGGAGGAACGGGGUGCUCUUUUAAAAUUCGAACGGUCUAGGCACGGUUGUCGAGGUAACGUCGUCUCUUAAAUUUCGGUUUCUUCUUCGGGCUCGGAGGCCAUGUGGAACUACCUGAUCGUCGGAGCGGUGCUGCUCGCCCGCCUCAUCGCCGGCAGCGACCAGGAAUACGACAUCGGCAUUGGCAUCGGCGACAUCACGGGUCCCGCCGCCGAAAUUGGAAUGCUGGGCUACGCCAAGUCGGGCCAGGUGACAGCGGGCAUCCACUUCCGCGUCUACAGCCGAGCCUUCAUCAUCGGCGACGGAACCUCGAGGGUGGUCAUCGUCAACAUCGAUUCCGGCAUGGUCUCCGACAUCGUCAAGACGCAGGUGGUGGCGCAGCUGCAGAAGCAGUUCGGCCAGGACCUGUACCGCGAGGACAACGUGUUGCUGACGGCGACGCACACGCACUCGUCGGCGGGAGGCUUCAUGCAGUACCUGCUGUACAACCUGCUCACGCAGGGCUUCAUCAAGCAGGCGGAAGACCUCCAAGUCACCGGCAUCGUCAGGAGCAUCGAGCGGGCCCACAAAAGGAUUACAAAAGGCUACAUCUACUGGAACGAGGGUGACCUCGAGGAUGCCAACAUUAAUCGCAGCCCGUCCGCCUACGAAGCCAACCCCGCCGAGGAGAAAGCCAAAUACAAGAACAAUACCGACACGAAGAUGCUCUUGCUGAAAUUCACAGACCUUCAGAAUAAUCCCAUCGGAAUGAUAAAUUGGUUUGCCGUGCACCCAACCAGCAUGAACAACAGCAAUAAGCUGAUCAGUGGUGACAACAAGGGCUACGCUGAAAUGAUGUUCGAGAAGAAGAUGAAUGGGAACGGUUUACCUGGCAAGGGACCGUUUAUAGCUGCUUUUGCCCAGUCCAACGAAGGAGAUGUCUCUCCAAACCUGAAAGGUCCUCGCUGCAUCGACACGGGACGUCCCUGCGACUUCGAAAAAUCCACCUGCAAUGGAAGGAAUGAAAAAUGCAUUGCAUUUGGGCCAGGCAAGGACAUGUUUGAGAGCACUAAAAUUAUUGGCCAGCGUCAGAUGCACGAGGCCCUGGAUCUGUUCAAUUCUGCGUCGCAGAAGCUCUCUGGCUCGGUAAAGGUUGCUUACCAGACAGUGAACAUGGGCAAAUACGAAGUGGGCGACAACGAGGCCGAACCGACCACGACCUGCACCGCAGCACUCGGAUACAGCUUCGCAGCAGGCACAACCGAUGGCCCGGGCGAGUUCGAUUUCACCCAAUCUACUACACGAUCAACGCCAUUCUGGAACUUUGUCCGGGAUUUCAUUGGCAAACCUUCAAAAGAAGCCAUCAAGUGUCACUCCCCCAAGCCCAUCCUGCUACCUGUGGGAGAGAUGAGAUUUCCAUAUCCGUGGGUAGCCUCAAUCAUUCCCACCCAACUUUUGAAGAUAGGCCAACUGUACAUAAUUGGAGCCCCUGGUGAAUUCACAACCAUGUCUGGAAGGAGACUCCGUGCUUCCGUGGAGAAGGUCGUGACGGCAAAGGACAAGGACGCCAUGGUGGUCCUGGCCGGCCUGUCCAACACGUACACGCACUACGUGGCGACAUAUGAGGAGUACCAGGUCCAGCGCUACGAGGGCGCCUCGACCAUCUAUGGCCCGCACACGCUCGCCGCCUAUCAGAAGCAGUUUGAGAUCCUGGCGCAGCACCUGACUUCGGGCAGCAACCUUUCUGCGGGCCCUGCCCUGCCAAACUUGCUCUCCAAGCAGAUAUCUUUCAAGACGGGUGUCGUCUAUGACGGCACCCCUCUGGGCAAGCGAUUCGGUGACGUCGUGACCGACGCCAAGCAGUCCUACUCGAAGGGUGAACGUGUGGUCGUGACCUUUGUAUCUGGCCAUCCAAGAAACAACCUACUGUUGGAGGGUACCUACCUGAAGGUAGAGAAGCUGGGCAAGGACGGGCAGUCUUGGGACGUCGUGGCUACAGAUGGCAAUUGGGAGACAAAGUUCUACUGGCGACGCACCGCUCCCAUCUUUGGCCAGAGCCAGGUCACGGUGACGUGGGACAUUCCGGACGACGCCGAGCCGGGCACCUACCGAAUCCGGCACUUCGGCCACAGCCGAAACCUGCUGCAGAUGGUGUCUCCUUACGAGGGCACUAGCGGUCGCUUCAAAGUAAACCCCUAGCAUCGGGCCUCGACGAGGACUAAGCGCCGGAACCGCACGGGAGAGGACAAGAGUGUGAACGUCAGAUGUCUUCGCCGCCGCCGUAUGAUGUCGUUCGUACCACGGUCCUCCACUUCGGGGCGGUGCCAGGUGCCCGUCGAAAGCCGCCUCUCCGAAGUCAUAGAUUUCGACGUCCGAAGGAGCAAGCGGCUUCGAACAGCUCUCCUGCCGUACCCGCGGUUGGCGCGCACCUCAGUGGUAGGAACCCCCGCCGGAUCGGGCGCUCUGCUGACGUUCUACUUCCCGCUGGGAAUCCAGGGUAUCUCGCUGUGUUUCGGCGCUGGUGCGAACUGUUGACUUGUCCCGUCGCCUGGGUUGACGAGGGUUUGGGGUUGCUUAUUUUUAAUUUUGUUACUGCUAGGCUGUGCUGCCAUCACUCGUUUGCCAAGCCCUACGGUGAAAGCCAGGGACCAUGGCCGUCCUCAACGAAAUCGGCAGGCUGACAAUCGGCAACGAGUUUGCCGAACACCUGCCGAGCGCACGAAGCCAAUUUCGCAUUGAUGCAGUAGUGAAUGAGUGCCUAAUCAUAUUGAAAUUUAAUCUUUUA